GAAAUUUCCAAAUUCGUUCCCAAAUUCUCCCGCGAACCCCUAAUUUCCUCCUCUCCAAUUUCUCCAAAAUCCAAUCACCACCGCCCGUUGAGAUUUCUUCAAAUGGGAAAGUGGAAUCAUCGAUCUAGAUUCCGCCGUCGCAGAUCUCCUGAGCGAUGGUACAGCGAACGCCAUUCUUCUUCUUCUUCUGGUUAUCGUGAAGAUGAUGGGAUUCCAGUAUGGGAAAAGAGAUUCUGUGAAGUGAUUGGAUCAGUACCAUGGCAGAAAGUUGUUGAAGCUGCUGACUUUAAGAGCUGGUAUAGUGGUAAUGUAAUCACUUGGGAUGAUUCUGCUUGCGAAGAGACUUUUCAUAAUGAGAAGAAGAGGUUUUGGUCUCGAGUUAAUGGUCUUCGUUGUGAUGUUUCUCUUCCUGAUCCUGAUCUUUAUAUUAGUGAAGUAGAUUGGGAUACUUUUAUUGACCCCGAACUGAUUAGGGAUUUAGAAACGGCUUACUUUGCUCCUCCCGAUGAUGUAGAGGUUGGUUUUAAACGUGGUUGGCGAGAUAAGAAUUGGAGUGGGUGUGAGCUAGAGCCUGUUGAAGAGUCUCCAUGGGAAGGCAGUGAUAAAGUCCAAGAUGUCAACACAUUGGAAAAUAAAUCGAAUGGUUGGAAUUUAGUAGAGAAUGGUACUGAUCAUCCAAAAGAUAGGGCGAGUUCUUGGGAAGCCAGGCUAAGUUGUGUAAAUGAGAAAGCAAAUUAUUCAACAUCUGGGGGUUGUUUGUUGACUGAAGAUCGGAAGGAGAACCAGUGGAAUACCAAAGAUAGGGUUACUGACUGUUGGGAGAACUCAGUCCGGGGAAACGAUGAUGGAUGGGAUAAGUCAGGGCACCAACACAAGAAAGCGAAAGGUUCUGAGAGUGUUCCAGCUGAAGAGUAUGAAAUGCUCCACAAUCCUUGGGAAGCCAAGCCUAAUUGUAGAAUGGAGAUAGCUGAAGAAGCCACUUGGGGAGGUUUCUCUGCUAAGGGAUGGGAGGAUAGAGAUUGGAAGGAUGAAUCUUGGGGCAGUGGUGGAUGGGAAAACCAGGAGUGGCCUAGUAAGGGAUAUAGUCGUGAUAGAGGUCGGAACAAUGAUUCUUGUGGCAGUGGUGGAUGGGAAAAUCAGGAGUGGCGUAGUAAGGGAUAUAGUCGUGAUCUUCGGGAGUCAAAGGGUUAUAAUCCAUGGGAAGCUGGCUGCGGGUCUGACAAUGCAGCUUUAAGGGAUCAUGGGGCAAAUGCAGGCACUUGGCAAACACGUAGAGAAAGUGAGACAAAGCAAAGAAAUUGGGAUGUGAAGCGAUCUAGUGAUGGUUGGGGUAGGUAAUACAAGGAUAGAGAUGAGUUACAUGGCCAUCAUUCUAACUACAAACGCUCAUGGUCCAGAAGAGAUGAUUAUCAGAACAGGAAGGUUCAUUUCUCAGCUAAGUAAAUCAAAUCAUCCAUUGUUUUUUGUGAUGUAUUUUUUGUGUUCAAAGUUUUAGCUUCAUAUGGUCUGUGCAGACAGGGGUAGUUUAAGCUUAGCUAGCUAUUGACCUUCCAUUUUAACUCAAAGGCAGGGUUUUAUGUUUUCCACUUCAAAGUUAGCACAUGUAGAGUAUAUACGAAUACCCCUUUUGUGAAGAUAAUAAUGUUUGAUACAUAUUCUGGCUAUAAAAUGAUUUUGCCUUUGAAGUUGUAUUGAUAAUGAAUUGUUUCUUUUUGAAGUA